AUGGGGUCGGGGCUCGAGUAUUCGGCCACCUCCUCUCCACCUCUGCCUUCGGAACUUGACACUAGUCCAUCUGACCUGGCUCACCAUAACUUCCAGUGGACCUCACCUCCCCUUAAUCCAGCCUUCACUAUGUACACGCAACCUGCCUAUCCCUCCUACGCCGGUCAAGACAUCCCCAUCAUCGAGGAUCUCGGCCAGAAUUACCAGUUAGAUGCGCCUCCCUUGCCCGACACUUCUUACCAACUCUCUUACCAACAACACUUUGAACAUCAACAAACCGCAUUCCCAGAUUGCGGUCAUGACCAUACCCUUGCGUCGACUGGCGACGGCUUCACAUCCUUCCCUGGAACAUUCAAUUUCGUCCCCGUUCAACAACUAUCAACCGCGAUGUCUAAUAUGAACCGCAAUGUGGACGAAGCAGAGUGGACAGAUGUGAAUCUUGAUUACUCAGGUGAAGGCGAGAGUCAACCCAGCUCGGAAGAUUCAUCCAGUGAGUCUAUUAGUCCAGAAGCGACCUCAGCCAAUGCAGAAUCCUUGGGAGACGAACACUGGAACUGGGUUCCAUCUUAUCGUGAUGACAUUCUAGAACUCCGCGAUAGCGUCAACCCGAUGAGUAUGCCCUGUACAGGCCCGCGAUCUGUGAAAAACGGAGGGCCCCUCAACCAGAAAGGCAACCGGGGAGGCAACCGGGGAGGGCGAAUCGCUCCACUGAACCCGGAGCAGCGCGAACACGCUAGCAACACUCGUCAGAAGGUCGCCUGCAUCCGUUGCCAAUACCAGAAGGUCAAGUGUAAAGCAAACCCAGAUCCCAAUGAUGACAGAUGUUUGACUUGCUUGGCGGUAGAUCUGGGCUCGAAGAAAACCAUCCAUAGACUUGUCUGCAAAAGAUGGAAACUCUCAUCAACCGUCCUAUACCGGUCCGGCGGUCUUGAGUUUACGAAGAGACGUGGCUGGGAAGGUACUCAAGUCGCAGAUCUCGAGCCACACAAUUGGACAAGCGAUCAGCCGCGCACAAUAAAAUUGACUCUAGGGCUGAUAGACGAGCCAUUCGAGUUCAGGGUACGGAAAUUCAAACCUGAGCCAGGUGACGUUCUCAACCGAACUUGGUCAUACAACGGCAUGACCUAUGAGACUCGGAUCGCGCCAUACGCCAUGGAAAACACUGAUCAUGCUCGAAGAGUUCUGUUCAAUCAUAUCACCGCCAAUGCAAAUGCUGCAAUCGAGAACUAUGCCAGGGACCCACAACUGCAUGAUCUUGUUGGGCAAACAUACAAGGCAGCCUGGGACCAUAUGAUCCAUGUCAACAACAACAAAAUGAGACCGAAUUCGACUGGUGUUGACCCAAAAAGAUUCAUGCAGGAUCUUCUUGCAUUAUGGUUCGCAACGAAAAACUCGUUGCGGUCGGCUUGGUUGGUAGGCGACGAGAGGUUGGACAUGGACUUCGAAACACGUCAAGGGUAUCCUUUUCCCAACCGACUUUCCGUCCCCCGCAUGAUCUGUCAACAAUUUGAUGCCCUCAACGUCAAUCUUAUCAUGCAGCCAGCCAGAGGUCGUGUCCUUACAGACCUUUGGAAGCUGAUCUCGAGUACCGACCCCCAAUGGUUCUUCACGAUUUACCUGGCUGUAUUCAUCCUUCUCCACCAGGCAUCAGCCAUAUCGAAGGACCGGUACUGGCACGCUAGACAUCGAUCAUACGUUCGCCGCUAUGACAAGGAGCGUGACAUGGAAGACAUACAGGAAGGUGCCAAUAUUGUUCUCUUGUGUUGGCACUACUACAACCGCUGUCUUAGCCCGUUGACUGUCCCCUGGGAAAAGAUACGGAAGGCGGAACCGGGGAAGAAGACAAGGGAGCGUAUUUAUAGUGAUAUCAGGCCCGACCAAGAGAGGCUCAUGAGGGAGCUAGCCGAAAUCUCAGCCUUGGAAAGCGUCCCUGAGACCGAUGCCGAAAGGUAUGGGUGGGAUGGCCUGAUCAUUGAUCACAAGUACCCACUCAUCUGGGAACGAGAUCUACAUUUCGUUUCCCAGAUGUUUAAGAAGGACUGGGCCCCUGAGGACACAUGGCGCCGAUCAAUGGACGAUUAA